AUGGUUAUAAUCCUCCUCCUCCUCUUAUUGCCGCCGCUCUUGUCUCUGAUCAUCGUCGUGCGUAUAAGAACCAAGGUGGUGGAUGCUCAACAGGGGGGUCAUAAGCUUCCACCAGGUCCAUAUUCAUUGCCGAUCAUAGGAAACCUUCCUCACAUGCUUAAAGGCCCUCAUAUCUACCUCACCCAGUUAGCCCAUUCUUACGGUCCUUUAUGCUCGGUGAAGCUUGGCACUCAUUUGUUUGUCGUCGGAUCUUCUCCCAUGGCUGCAACUGAGAUCAUGAGAGCUCAUGAUAAACUACCUACCUACAGAUGGGUGCCUAAAGCUGGUCAAGAUGGUCUACAAGACUACUCUCUUAUUUGGGCCACUCAAUGCACCGAUCACUAG